AUGGGCAAUACACAAGCUUCCUCAUCCUCCGCCCCAGGCGAGACAGCUCUAGCAUCCGCUGAUGAAUUGCAAGCGAAGAUCUUCCUAGCACUAAGUACCAUUGCGGAGACCUCGAAGACUCUGAAGGCUUCAUACGGCGACGAGGCAGAUCCUCGCGUCCUCAGCUUCGUCGACGACAUUGGUGCUCAUUUACCAAAGUCGGUUGGAGCACUGGAAUACGCACGCCUGCGCAUCCACCAAAACCUCAUCCCCGUCUCUGAUAGCGAUGCGGUCAAGGAUAUGCCUGUCGUUGUCCAGUAUAUCGACUCGAAGGGCCCUGCAGAAGCUGCCAUCACCGUCGACACCGACAAAACUGAAUCUGCGUUCGUUGUCCCGCAACUUGCCACAGACACGCCGUCGCCUCCGCUCGAAGAAGGCGAGGUCUGUACCUUGACUCUCACCGUCGACCUUGACGUCGAAGAAUACGACGAGCGCCCUCUUCACCUCACCUUCAAGGCCGAUCCGCUGGCUGAUGGCAGGUUGCCUAUCCCUCCAUUCACUUGGGUCGUCGACGCGAACUUGAGGCAAUUCCUCAUCGAACAAGAUCAAAUUCAGCGCGAGAAGCGACAACUUACUGCCAAGAAGGGGAAGGGUAAGCAGCGCGAUAUGCCUGAGGAGCCGACGGACUCUCGCGACACCCUUCCGGUCACCAUUGUGAUCAUCAAACCUUCCACCGUGCCAGCGACCACUGAUGCGCCUGGCAUCCUUCCUGCGCCCCGCGCGUCGAAUGAAAGUAUAGCACCACCCACAGGCGGGCUCAAGUUCAAGUACUCUCUCAAUGAACAGUUCCACCCCAGGUUCCCUCCACGCGAAGGUGCACGCGAAGGACCUCUCUCCAUUGAGGACGUGUUACCUAUCAACGAAGGCUACGAAUUAGUCGAGAGCUAUGAAGAUGCGGCGAGGGGGUUGGUAUUCACGUAUCAACUGAAGGAUUGGCCGAUCGUAUUGGAGAACGCAGCUGCCAGCAGUGAAGCGGCGGGGAAGUCACGCCUCAAGAAGGUCCCUAAGGAGGUGAAGGCCGCCCAGCGAGACGUCGAGCAGCCCGCCAAAGAGCAGCCUGCCAAAGCCGCCUUACGCACCCCACGGACUGCACGUGCUAAAGUCGGGCCUGCUAUUGCCGUACCUAUUCGUCGCUCGUCGCGACUUGGUUCUGCCAAGUCCUCAACAAAGACAGAAGACCAUCAUCCGGCAGUCGUAUCGUCGUCUUCGAAAGGAACGAAGGAAGCCACAGCAACUAAGAAGCCUGCAGGCACGAAGAAGGCCGCAAACACGAAAAAGACUGAAGACACGAAGAAGGCCAUGGACACGAAGAAGAUCGCAGAGGUUAGGAAUACCAGAAAGCGCAAGGCCGAGGAGAAUGUCGAGGAGGAUGUCCAAGUUGAUGCAUCCAUUAAAGCGACGGCCGUCCCGACGAAGAAAGCACGACGAGCUCCUACCACCAAGAAAGCUGCUUCUGCAGAGAGCGCUGACGCCGAGAAGAUUCCGGCGGCAAAGAAAGUUCGUUCUACGAGGCAGAAGUAA